UUAUCUGUAAGUAGAAUUCUUUCGUUUAUUUAUAAUGGAUGUUUUGAAGUGCAAACGAUCUCAAUUUAGGAGAUUGUUUACAAAAGCUUUAAAUGAUUUUGAGAAGAAUGAAAAUGAUUUAUCUUUAGACGGAAAAAUUUCGAAACUUAAAUUAGUUGAGGACAAAGCAAAACCUAUGAUUGAAAUAGAACAGACUUAUAGAGAAGAAUUGAUUAAAAUUGAAAAAGAUGAAACUGUGAUAAAUAACGAGUUUGAUGAGUCGGAAUGCUAUAUUGAUAAGUGGAGAAUGGUAGAAAGUAAAUUAGUUUCGCUUUUAGCUGAAAAGGAAAACGGUUCUGUUGUUAAUGAAAGCUUAACUCAAAAUGCUACUAUUCGUUAUCCUAAGCUUAAACUUCCGAUUUUUGAUGGGAAUAUUAAAAGCUGGUUAGGAUUUUGGGGCCAGUUUAAAAAGAUCGAUAAUGAUCCCAAUUUAGAUGAUCAUGAUAAAUUUGCAUAUUUAUUGCAGUCUAUGGAAAAAGGGUCAUCUGCUGAAGAGUUAAUCAAAAGCUUUCCGCCCGGUGGCGAAAGUUAUAGUAAAGCUUUAGAACAACUGCAAUCGCGUUUUGGGAAAGAAGACCUUCUUAUAGAAGUCUAUGUUAGAGAUCUACUUUCGUUAGUAUUAUUAAAAAACUCUCAGCAGAAAUUUUCAUUACGAAAACUCUAUGAUAACUUAGAAUCGAAAACUAAGAGCGUUAGAAGUUCUGGGUGUUGCUAG